CAGAACAACAGCGAGAGGAGUUGGGAACGGGCGAAAACUCGAACCUAUCUUUCUUUUCAUUCUUACUCUCACCUCGACGACGGUACUGGGUGGUGCCUGUAUUCUCUCUCAUCGUUCUCUAAUGGCACCGAUACUUUCGUCAGGUAUUGAUGGCAAUCUCAAUCUUCAAGAAGUUAUUUCUAAGGGCUUAUCAGGUUUUGAUGAAUGGACUUUACUGAUUUCAGAGGUUGAGAAAUUAUAUCCGGCUGAUGUGGACAAGAUAUGUCUGGUUUAUAAUAAUUUCUUGUCCAAAUUUCCUUUGUGUCAUGGGUAUUGGAGGAAGUAUGCUGCCCACAUGACAUGCAUAUCCACCACAGAUAAGGUUGUUGAAGUGUUUGAAAAAGCUGUGUUGGCAGCAACAUAUUCAGUCGGUGUGUGGUUUGAUUACUGCAGCUUUGGCAUGUCAGCUUUUGAGGACCCAUCCGAUAUUCGGAGAUUGUUCACUAGAGCCAUUUCCUUUGUUGGGAAGGACUACUUAUGUCAUAUCUUGUGGGACAAGUAUAUUCACUUUGAGUUUUCCCAGCAGCAGUGGAUUUCUCUUGCUCACAUUUAUAUCCAAACACUUAAGUUUCCAACCAAAAAGUUGCACCAGUAUUAUGAUAGUUUUAAAAAGUUACUAACCAUUUUGGAGGAGGGCAUAGCAAACCAUGAAUUGCAAUCAGAGACAUGUUUUGAUUGCGAAAUUCCUAUGGUUACAUGUUACAAGGAUGGUGAGAUUUAUCACAUUAUCAAUGAUAUGAUGGAUUCAUCUGUUGGAUUGACUAGUUCAGUAGCCCUAAAAAGGUACAGGGCAAUUGGAGAAAUGCUUUAUCAUAAUGCAUGUGAGCUGUAUUCGAAAAUUAGUCCCUUUGAGGCUAGUAUUCGAAGACACUACUUUCAUGUUCAGCCUCUUGAUGCAAAUCAAUUGCAGAAUUGGCAUAAUUAUCUGGACUUUAUUGAACUUCAAGGGGACUUUGACUGGGCUGUGAAACUUUAUGAGAGAUGUUUGAUUGUGUGUGCCAACUAUCCUGAAUACUGGAUGCGUUGUGUGGACUUCAUGGAAGCCAAGGGAGGAAGAGAAAUCGCAAACUAUUCUUUAGACCGAGCAACUGAAAUUUAUUUGACGAGGGUGCCAUCAAUCCAUUUAUUCAAUGCCAGGUUUAAGGAACAAAUAGGAGAUGUUUUUGCUGCUCGUGCUGCAUAUGUUCAAAGUUGUGAAGAGAGAGAUUCAGACUUUGUGGACAAUGUUAUAUCAAAAGCUAAUAUGGAAAAACGUUUGGGAAAUACAGAGUCAGCUUUCAGUAUAUACAAUGAAGCACUGAAAAGGGCCGCUACAGAGGAAAAGUUACAUGCACUCCCAAUUUUAUACAUACAUUUCUCUCGGCUAAAAUAUAUUAGUACAAAUAGUGUGGAUGCUGCCAGAGAUGUCUUAAUUGAUGGUAUCAGAACUUUGCCUCACAACAAAUUGCUUCUGCAGGAGUUAAUAAAGUUCUCAAUGAUGCAUGGAGGUACAAAGCACAUGGCUGUAAUAGAUUCAAUUAUUGCUGAUACAAUAUCUCCAAGGUCUGAUGGAUCACAAGGUUUGAGUGCAGAAGAUGCAGAGGAUAUAUCGAACUUAUACCUGGAGUUUGUUGACUAUAUCGGAACUAUACAUGAUGUAAGGAAGGCGUGGAAUCGGCACAUAAAAUUAUUUCCAGACUCUGCUCGGAAAGAUUUACAUGAGCAAUCUGCUAGGCAUAGAAAAUUGCUUAAUUUGAUGGACAAGCGUGAAGAUAUUUCUAUUGUCACUCCCAAUCAAGCAUCUAGAGAUUCUAUUUCUGAUUUGCAAGAACAUUUACAUAAAAAAGAUGAGAAAACGGCAUUGCUGAAAUGUUGUGAGAACCAGUAUGAUGCUACUAAUGGUGGAUCACUGUUGGGGAAAAAUAAAAGUACUCGAUCUAAUGAUACAGAUGCAUACAAGCUUCAAAGUAUGGAAUUAAAUGACAAAAUAGAAGAAAAUAGGAGGGAAUUUCCUCUUCCUGUUUCUGAGGAACCAAAGGAGAAUGAUCCUGAAAAUAAUGUGCCAUCUUCCCAUUUAGUGGAAGUAAAAGAGGAAUCAACCAGAGUUGUUAAGAAUUUAAAAAAUAGUUCUGAAUCUGAUGUUUCAUCAGAAGAAUUUUUGCGUCAAACUGGCCGUGGAAACCAAUCCUCACACGCCUUUCAAACACCCUCAAAUAAAAAUACUUAUUUUUCCAAGGGAAAACGUGAGGUUGAGUCUGAAGAAUUGAAGGCACAUUCUCUGACAAGCAUGUCAUCGAAAUCCCGGGAAAGCACGUGUCCUGAUUCAGGACCAAUGGUAUCUCAGGAGUGUGUAGCAAUUCCAGAAAGCCAUAAGGAAAAUACUAGAGCAAUAAUUGGUGGUCAUACCAUAAAUCAGGAGAACUCUGCUAGCACUCAAGAUUCUGGGUAUAACCAAGUUUACAUUGAAACAAAAAGCCCAUAUUCAGCACGCUACCGAGACCAGAGAUCAAGGAAACCAUUUCUACCACCUCGGUCUUCUGGUAAUAGUGGUGGAAAUUGGCAUAGAAGGAGAAAUGCCGGUCAAUUUAAAGGACCAAAAUUUGGUUAUAGGGGAAACACGGAUAGAAAACAGCACCUACGGCAGCAGCUAUCUCCACAACAGAUUCAUCCACCUGAAGGGGGUGCACAAAUGGCUGGUGCUCCAGAUUACUCCUCUCAACCUGUGUUGCAAGUUCAGCAAUGCAAUCCAGGAAAAAAUCAGUUUCAAUCUACUGCGACUACUACUGGGUUAGUGGCAGCUCAUUGUUGGCCUAUGCAAAACAUGCAGAUGCAGAACACUUCAUCUCAGUCUCAAACACCAGGCAAUGCGACAUCACUUGUAUUACAACAUCCAAUGCAAGGCAAUGACCAAUAUGGAUAUAUGCAAAAUGCCCAAGAGUAUAGUCAGUUAUGCCAAUACUAUUACUACCAGCAACAACAACAACUACAACAUUAUAUUCAAUUACAGCAGCAACCAUUCCAGAAGGAACAGUCACUACAACUCCAACAUAGUCCACUGGAACCUCUUCAACCGCAACAGCUCCAACAUAGUCCGCUGGAACCUCUUCAACCGCAACAGCUCCAACAACAACAACUCCAACAUAGUCUGCUGGAACCUCUUCAACCGCAACAGCUCCAACAACAGGUUCUUCAGCAGCAGCAAUAUUAUCAACAGCAGCAACCAUCAACCCAGUUGCAGAGCAGCAGUCAUCCUGUAGAAAACCAAGGGCAGGUAAUAUUGUCAUCGCAGAGCAAUGGAGCAAUAGUAUCGCAACAAUCAGACAGACUUGGAUCGAUUUCUUCUCCAGUUUUGGAUCAUUCUCAAGAGAAAUCUACCCAAGAGUGACAUUUUUUUGUAGAUAUGACAGAAUUUCAAUUGUAAAUACCAACUCUCAAGAGGCUAUAAAAACCGAUAGGGCAGCUUCUUCCUGCA